AUUCACUUACUACUUUGGCAGAUUUCUAUUUCACCUCAAUCAACAUUCAGGGCAGGAAAUUGAAACCCAGGCUGCCAGGUACUGUUGGGCAGGUUCUGUACUGCACAAGGAUGCCACCUUUCAUGGCUCACCGUUCACUCUGUAGAUUUGUAUGUUUACUCCAAUCAUUUUCUAACAUGAUAGAGUGUUAAGAAAGAGGUUUUUCUUCAGUGUUUUCUACAUAAAAAUGCCUUCUGUCCUACGAAGGGUCCCACAGAAACCACUCUCAGUACUUCAGGAAGAAAGAGAAGGGAAAUGGGUGUGCAUGAAGUCACGGGAAGGGUAGUAGGAGUGGCAGCUUGGGUUGGAGACACUUGGUCCACAGAUCGUUUGUACUGUCCAAGUUUGCAGCCUAGAGCUGCAGUCUGUAGAGUUCAGCACGAUGUCACUGCUGCUACUAGGAGUGCCCCAACUGACGUGAUCACACAGGGGAAGGGCCCUUGACCAGGUGCUGGUGCCAGAAAGGUAGCCGCCUCACACACGGCUGCUCUCCCUUGCUGGCCAACCUCCAACCAGGAGCUUCGGGCAGGCGGGUGAACCCAGUUCUCUGGUGUCCUAGCUGUGGGGGGUUCUAGGAAGUGUGGUUUCUGGCUGGACAGUCAUGUCCCAGCUGAAGCUGUGGAUAAGAAGGGGAGGUUGAACAGGGGGACCUUAGCAGUCUGUCACACACCUGACCUGGAAAGUUUUAAAUUGACUCAAAAAAAAAUAUAUAUAUAUAUAGCUUAAAACCCAUUGUCAUACCAUAUAGAUGGGAAAAUGAGAUCACUUGCCAGAAGUAGAAAAUUAACCACAAAAAUAAAUACAGAGAGACUGUUAAAUUCUCUGGAUAUUUUUUUGAGUGUGCCAAGACUCAAGCCCCAGCUCUGCUCUCUCCGUUAAAAGCGAACAUCAGUGUUUGACACACUGAAGACUUGUGGCACCAAACUCACACUCUUGUAGGAUCUGAAAGACUGAAAGGGGAAGAGGGCGAUCGCCGCCUUCCCUAAAAGGCAGUGUUCUUGCAGACGGCGCGAGGGAACACUAGCAGCCACGGGUUUAUGUGUCGCACCUAGUUUCUACUGUCUGCUUGGGGGUGCUCCCCGGCUGCUGCCCUCACAGGCGAUUGAUGUCCGCACUCUGAGCUUCAUUUUCUUCCUGCGUAAAGAAGAAUCUUUAUUAAUACUGUGGUGUUUUUGUACUCGCUACUCCAGCCUACAAGCCUUCCCCCGCCACCCCCUUACCCUCCCCCAACCCCUGUGCCAGGCAUUUAGCAAGCACUUAAUAAGUUCAGCAAAUAACUUGCCAAGCCCCUACUAUGUGCUAAAUACUGUCCUUGGCAUAGGAUAUGCAGUGGUGAAUGAAAUAGACAAGCUGUUUUCAACUGCUGUGUUCUGAUACAAACAACUGACGAUGGGGUGGUCGAGCUGGGGACCAGUAACCGGGGUGGUCACGGGAAGCCCCUCUGAGGAGGUGACAUUUGAGGAGAGCUGUUAAUACUCUUGUACUUGGUGCUGGGUGUUGAGCAUGUAGAGGUGACUUAGGCCCCAUCUUUGCUAGAGAUGAUUUCUUCCCCAUCCCAAGCCUGUGUGUGUUCCUCCACUUCCCCCUGAACUAAAAAAAGUUUGGACUUGGAGCCAGCGUGAGAAUACUUCUGAGGGAAGAGGUGGCUGUUGAGGCGUGUGGAUCUCUUUGAAACACAGUUUUAGAGAUGAGACUUGAGUUCAGAUCCUGCCACUCUGACCUUGGGCACCUGACUGAGCUCUAAGCUCAGUAGUGCUGGGUGUGGACCUGGAACCAAACUUGGCCCCACCGCUUCCCACCUUGGACACAUUCCUUAAGGCUCUACACUUCCAUUUCCACGUAAAACCGUGUUUUGAUAGCCCCCUUUGAAGGGGAGGUAGACUAUACAUUUGAGCUAAUAAAAUAAAGAUACGUGUGGUGAAUGCUCUAUAAAUAACCACUAGGAUAGUAAACAAUAGAGUUUUAUUUUUCCUAUUUUAAAGAGGAGAAAGGUGAGGCUCUGAGAGGAGACAUAACUUGGCUUGGGUCACCCAAUCAGAAAGUGGCUUAUGAGGAUAAGUAGCAAUUGUGGCAGGACAUUGCCUAGCUUAAGGCCCAACAUACAAUACUCUGCUUGGGAACUGGGGUUAUUCCUGGCAAUCAAAGGGCUGCCUUGUUCUCCUGCCCCUCAGCACAGGAAAUUCCAAGGUGGUUUUCCAUACUGGCUUCUUUCGUUCUGUCUAGGGGGACAGCAAAGGGGCUCAGGUCCCCAAGCUGACUCAAGAAAGAUGGAAUUGAAUAUCUUAACUUGCCCGACUGGGCCUCUCUGAUUGCUGAGGGGGUGGCUGUCACUUGGAGUGGCCUGGGCUACCUUGGGCCUAUCUGAGCAUUUCCUAGUGUUGGCUAUCCUCACCCUGUCCUUAAAAUGGUUCUGGCUGUGUAGCAGCCUCUAGGUGGUGUGGGUAAAAUUUGGGACUGGUUUAAGGCGGGGACAAGAACACAGGUUUCCUUGUGUUGUUGGAGAGGGAGGGCAGGAGGAAACUGGAGACCCCAUUCCUCUCUUGGUCACUCUCUUGCUCAGAGUCCAUGAUGGCUUGGCCCCUGGUGUUUCUUGGUAUCAUUUUGCUGUCUGCCUUCCCAGGGCCUAGUGUCGGCGGCCACCUCAUGCCCAAGCUGGCUGACAGGAAGCUGUGUGCUGAUGAGGAAUGCAGCCACCCCAUCUCCAUGGCUGUGGCCCUUCAGGACUACGUGGCCCCCGACUGCCGUUUCCUGACCAUACACAGGGGCCAAGUCGUGUAUGUCUUCUCCAAGCUGAAGGGCCGAGGGCGGCUCUUCUGGGGAGGCAGCGUUCAGGGAGAUUACUAUGGAGACCUAGCUGCUCGCCUGGGCUAUUUCCCCAGUAGCAUUGUACGCGAAGACCAGACCCUGAAACGUGGCAAAAUCGAUGUGAAGACGGAUAAAUGGGAUUUCUACUGCCAGUGAGAGCCUACCGCUGUCCCUGCUGUGUGUUUUUUUUUCCCCCUCGCCGGCUUUAUGCAAAUACACCAGUCAAGUGCAAACUGUGGGUCUCUGUGGUCUUUGUGGUGGGGAUCUAGAAAGGAAAUGUUUCCCCAGGUAUCUGAAUCUAGCCAAUCACCCCACUGACUGUAGUAACGUCAAUGGUUGCUAAGCAGUUUCACGUACUAAAAGCUCUUUGCUCCAAGCUGGGUACCAUACAUAGGUGGGCACCUAGGCUUAGAUAUCACAAGCAAAUGAGAAGGCGGCAUAACCUAAACAGCCAAAUUGGGGGAUUGUAGUGUCCUCUUUAGACCAAUAAGAGAACUAUUGAACUACUGGCAAUGAGUCAGUCGGAUCAUGAGGAAGACAGAAAAUGCAGAGGAGAGGUUUUCUAGGUUUUCUUAGAUUAUCUGCAAAGGGAGGUGGGAGGUUAACUUGGGUAUCAUCCCAAUUUCAUCCUUCCUGCCUUUGAGAGCUGUACUCUCCAGCCCAAGAUCACUCCUCUUCGAGGCUCUUUCUGUCAAUCCUACCCUCUUCUCUGCAUCCGUAUGCCCGCCCCCAAGUUAGCUCCUACCCAAUCUGGAACCUCGACCCUGCCCCCCGGACUUCUGACCAAAUCCGUUUCUCUGCUCCGCGAAGCAACUCUGUGCCGCCCCUUCCCACUGGCUCCGCCAAUCAUUCGUCUUUGUCCCGCCCCUCUUUCACCGCCAAUGGGCUCUACUUCCCCCGCCCCGUGUCCACUGAGUCCACCAAUCCCUGCCUUCGGGAAGCGUGGCCUGGUAUCCCGCAGCCCUAGCGGGUCGCGCCGGAGGGGGGUGGAGGCGGAAGUGGCGGCGCCGGCCCCGGGAAUAGGAAGGAGCCGGGGCUGCAACCCGAGUGGAGCGGCUGCCAGCCGAGGAGCAGGCGCGGCCGCGUCGCCAUAUUGCGGCCCUAAGUGGCCGUGACCGAGUCAUGGCUGAGACCUACGACUUCCUCUUCAAAUUCCUGGUGAUUGGCAGUGCAGGAACUGGCAAAUCAUGUCUCCUUCAUCAAUUCAUUGAGAAUAAGUUCAAACAGGACUCCAACCACACAAUCGGCGUGGAGUUUGGAUCUCGGGUGGUCAACGUGGGUGGGAAGACCGUGAAGCUACAGAUUUGGGACACAGCUGGCCAGGAGCGGUUUCGGUCGGUGACGCGGAGCUAUUACCGAGGGGCAGCUGGAGCCCUGCUGGUGUACGACAUCACCAGGUGGGUGCACGGAGCGGGCGGGGCGGGGCCCGGGCUGCCUUCUCCUACAUCCGCCUCCCCUCUCUCUCUCCCUUCUCCGCAGCCGGGAGACCUACAACUCGCUGGCUGCCUGGCUGACAGAUGCCCGCACACUAGCCAGCCCCAACAUCGUGGUCAUUCUCUGUGGCAACAAGAAGGACCUGGACCCAGAGCGUGAGGUUACCUUCCUGGAGGCCUCCCGCUUUGCCCAGGAGAAUGAGCUAAUGUUCCUGGAAACUAGUGCUCUCACUGGUGAGAACGUGGAGGAGGCUUUCCUGAAGUGUGCCCGCACCAUUCUGAACAAGAUUGACUCAGGUGAGCUUGACCCCGAGAGGAUGGGCUCUGGCAUCCAGUACGGUGAUGCCUCCCUUCGUCAGCUGCGGCAGCCUCGGAGUGCCCAGGCCGUGGCCCCUCAGCCCUGUGGCUGCUGAGACCUACGGAGCCAGCUCAGCUGUUCUCCAGGACCAGCCCUGUCCUUCCGGCUGGGGCCCAGACCUAGGCCCUGGGAGGCCGAGGCCCUCACCUGCCCUGGCCCCAGAGAAGCUGCCCUGCCACCUGUCCCCCUUCCCUGGCCUGGUGGGGCCUGGCUGAGGGGCAAGACUGAGCCACGGGGGAAGGGGGAAUCUGUACCUGCUGCUGCUUCCUCUGUCUUGGCUAACCCCUGUUCCCCCAAACCCCUGAUCAUACUCAAAGAGUUCCCAAAGCCUGAAACCAGGGCCAUUUGGCCUUAGCUCCCCUGGCCCUGCUGUUGCGAGUACGUGUUAUUUAUUACCUGGAGGCCUGUCCUGUCCCCAUCCUGCCCCCAUAAAGCAUUGUUUACACCUG